AUGGAGUUGGACUCGUACCAACACUACUUCUACGACCAUGACGCCCAGGAGGAUUUCCACCGCUCCACGGCUCCCAGCGAGGACAUCUGGAAGAAGUUCGAGCUGGUCCCCACGCCCCCCCUUUUCCCUCUGGGGACCCCCGGGGAAAAAGCCUGCUGCUCGGGGGCGGAGGAGCGCUCGGGCUGGCUCUCCUGCUGCUGCCUGCCCGGGGAAGAGCCGGAGUAUCUCAUCGGGACGGGGGAAAUCUUCGGGAACCUGAGCGCUUUCAUCCUUAAGGAUUGCAUGUGGAGCGGGUUUUCAGCCCGGGAGAGGUUGGAGAAAGCGAUGACAGAGAAACUUAGCGCGGGCACGCAGAGGGUCACCCCCCACAAACCCUCCUUCUCCGCCGUCUUCCUUUGCCCGCUGGCCGAGAGCAAGAUCCCCGCGUCCUCGGGAUCCGAGGGCCAAAGCGAUUCUGAAGGUGAAGAGAUCGACGUGGUGAUGGUGGAGAAGAGACAGCCCCUCAGCCUGAGGAAGCCGGUGACCAUCACGCUGCGCGCCGACCCCCUGGACCCCUGCAUGAAACACUUCCACAUCUCCGUCCACCAGCAGCAGCACAACUACGCCGCCCGCUCCCCACCCGAGCCCUGUCCCCAGCCACAGCCACCCCAGCAGCACGAGGAGGAGCCACCAGCAGACCCCGCCCCUGCUGUCACCCUGCCCGAGCCCGGCCUGGCAAAGACCGGCAGCAGCCCCAGCUCCGACAACGAGGACGUGGCCAAGAGGAAAAACCACAACUACCUGGAGCGCAAGCGGCGCAACGACCUGCGCUCCCGCUUCCUGGCCCUGAGGGACCAGGUGCCCGGGCUUGCCAGCUGCCCCAAGACCCCCAAGGUGGUGAUCCUGAGCAAAUCCUCAGAGUACCUGCAGUCGCUCAUCAGCACCGAGAGGAGGAUGGCGGCCGAGAAGCGGCAGCUGCGUCUCCAAACCACCUAUUUGCAAUAA